UGAGCCACCGCACCCAGCCAACUUUUUAUCCUCAUUAAUGUACAAGUUCAUAUAGACAUGAACGACUCUAAGAAGUGAGGCAGGCCUGCGGUGCUCAGGGUGUCUGGCCACGAUGUUGGUUACAGCAAUUUUGAUGUAAUGGAGGGAAAAUUCAGUCUGACACAUUCAGUCAACUGAUUCUUUGUGUUAGAAGAGUAAAACUGCUUAAGAGGAAGCUGUUUCCUCACAACAAGAGAUGGAUCCAAAAAUACUAAAUAAAAACAAAUAAGAGAAAAAAAUAAGUGGAAAAGCAGUUGAGUUAGUUUUGUGUAGCAUUGGCACUGAGGUAUACAUGUGCCCCAUGUGAACUACAAGGCAAGAAUUGUGUGAUUGGGUGAUUCUGCCUAAGGGCUUAGUGCUCUUGUGUUUACCUUUGAAUUGGCAUUGCACAGCAUAAAAAUGACUCGUGCCACUCAUGUUCAUACAAAGAAAUAUUUAUUUUUAUUUACUUAAAUUGACACAUUGUGAAAAGCAUCAUGACAAGUCAGAGAGACUGUGGAAGAGAAACAUAUCUUUUUAUUCUUGUACGUUUACCAGUACUUUUUUCCCAUUUGUUGAACAAGGUGCCCUGAAAAUGGCAUAGUUAGCUCUGGGGCACCCUCUGGAGAUGGGAGAUGCUAGCGAAGGAAGUGCCCCUCUGUGCUGUCAAGGAAGAGGGGACUAGGUGGGGGUGGGGGUUGCAUAGUGUUUGUCUGUGGCAGGGAUCUGAGUUCUUGAGAUGGAUCCGCUCUCGCCUCAACCCAGCAUCGGCUUGAGAUGGACUCAGAUCUUCUAGCCAAACCCAUUCAUGGUGUAGGUAGGAAGGGCCAGAGACAGAGAAAAGGGCCACCAGGGACUGCCAGUGAGCAGUUGUGGCCUUGCCACCUUCGCUUCCCCAAGCUUGGUCUCCACCAGGUCUCUGGUCUGUGCAUAGCCCCCUUACCAGGAGGGUGGGACAGCCUAUAUGAAGCAUUGUGUAAACUUCGAGCCAUGGAGAGGCACAAGAGGUGGCAAGUCACCACACCAGUGUGUCCAUGCUGGCCACCCCAGGAGGCGCUGGGUUGGGACCCAUUGUUCUGCAGAGGGGCUGUGAGGGCCGUGAUGGAGCCAUGUCAUGCCAUGGGCACACAGAGGAGACACAUCACAGCCCUGCUGAAGUAGCAGAACAUUCUGGCCUGGAACAUCCUGAUGUUCAGUAGCAGAGGGUCCCAGGGGAAGCUUUAAGGGGUUCUGUGAGGGUCCCCAGCUGGACAGGAGUGCAGCCUCGAUCAGGGACUAAGCACCAGCCGUCAGGCAGCACGUGGUCACCCGGGGUCUUCAGGGCAGAUGUCCAGGUUCCACAGUCCCCAGGGCCGCUUCCCUAUCCAAGGCCUCCAGGCAAGAGGAUAAAGGAAAUGCCCCAGAGCAGAGGGGGCAUGGCGCCCUGGCAACACACCCACCCCUGCCCUGUGGCACCCACUCACUUGGCACAGGAGGGUCCCUUCUGGGAAGAGGCCUUCCUAGUGCUUGCCCUACACAGACACCCCCGAUAUAGAGCCUGGCACGUCCCUCAUCCGAUGCCCGACAUUCUCCGCAGGGAGCUUGUAGCACAGAAGCAGAAGGCAGCUCCUUCUCAUAGAAGGCCCAGAAAACUACAAAAAAAAAAAAAAAGCAGCAAAACACCCUCUGAGAGCAUCCCUGCGCCUGCUAUCUCCCUCCUAUUUUGAUUAAUAGGUGAUGUUGUAUAACUUUGGGACACAUCAUUUCUUUUGUCCCUGAGGGGCCCCUAUGCAACCAUUUAAAAGUAACUGCUGUACCCGCGUUUAAUAUCCGUUCUUUUUCUUCCUUCCUCUGUCCUUCAUUUUAUCAAUUCUCCUAAUAAACAUGCAUGGCUUUCAAAAUGGGGAAAAAGUGGUCAACCUAAUAAGGACUUCCUUUUUCAAAAAUGGCCCUCAGUAUGGCGGCCACCCCAGGCCUCUCAGCCGUUUCCCCAAGACUGGGCCUGGCUUCUUCAGGCAUCCAAGGAGGAAGUGCCUCAGCCCAGUUGGGGCCAUGCCAGCCUGUCCUCCCCGCUGCCCCACCCCAAGGCCCUCCUCCCACCCCGGUCCUUUAAAUGUACCCCGGUCCUCAGACCACCAUCUGCUGCCUGCCUGCCACACACCACCAUGCGCUGCCUCCUCAGCCUGGCCCUAGCCCUGCUUGCACUGGAAGUGACACUGGCUGUGGUCCCAGCCUUCAUCUCGCCAGAGCAGGCAGUGUGCCCCGAGGCCAGCUCCUCGGAGGAGGCGCCCUGCGUCAAAACCUGCCUCACCGACAACGACUGUCUUGGCAACAGCAAGUGUUGCCCCAGCGCCUGCGGCCGCUCCUGCAAAACCCCCACCAUCGUAUUGACCCCAAAGAUUGGCAGCUGCCCCUGGGUACAGCCCCUAGUGAGCCCAGAGCUCUGCAAAGAGCAGAGUGAGUGCUCCAUGGACAGCCAGUGUCGGGGAAACAAGAAGUGCUGCUUCAGCCGCUGUGCCAUGAAGUGUCUGGACCCUGUCCCAGAGGACCUCCCUCAGUGAGAGACAUUCCCCCAAGAGCCCCUGCUGCCAGGAGUGACUGCCCCAAGUCUGCUACGCAGAAACCAUCUCUCAUGGAUCCAGAGAGUGCAUGAUGCCUUCUACCGGCUGCUAAUUAAAAAAUUCGCUUAGCUUCA